GAAAACAAUAUAAAACAAGUAAAUCGAAGUUUAGAUGAUUAUCAAGGCAUGUUUUCAAUCAUGUUGAGCAAUGAUAAUAACUCAACCACUAGAAAACACCGUGUGGAUGAAUCCUUCAUGCUCAAAGCAAUGCAACUACAAUUUCAGAGGCUAGACAUCAUGUUUGGUGAGAUUAAAGACAAAAUGGAGAAGCAAGAUGCAGCCAUAGCCAAGUUAUACCAAAUAAAGAAUGGAAGUCCGAAUUUGCAUAGGAAUGAUGCAAAUGACGAUUUCGAUGACAAUUAUGAAGAUGCAUUCAAAAAUGAUGGCCAAAACUCAAAUUUCAGCAUCGAAAGAAUUAUGAGAGGUAAAAAGGGCCAAAGAGGUAGGUUUAACCAAAGAGAGCAAAAUUUGCCAAGGUGGGGAGAUCGGCAAGAUCAUGACUUAGGUAGCAUCAAGAUGAAGAUUCCUCCAUUUCAAGGCAAAAAUGAUCCAGGUGUGUAUUUGGAGUGGGAAAAGAAGGUGGAGUUGGUGUUUGAUUUCCAUAACUAUUCUAAGGAGAAAAAGGUGAAACUAACAAUGGUGGAAUUUACUGAUUAUGCUAUGGUGUGGUGGGAUCAGUUUGUGCUUAGUCUACGUAGAAAUCGUGAGCAUCCUAUUGACACUUGAGAAAAGAUGAAAGCUGUGUUGAGAUCCUAUUGACACUUGAGAAAAGAUGAAAGCUAUGUUGAGAAAACAGUUUGUUCCAUUACUACCACGAUCUCUAUCAAUGGUUGUUUCAAGGCUCCAAUCUUGUUCUUGAACAAGAAACGAAGGCCUAAACCAAGCUUCUUCACCGGUUUCUCAAAGGAAGGCUGUCGAGUUCCCUUUUUUUUUUUUUCUUUCGGGUGGCUGCAGCGGGAAGAAAGAAGAAGAAGAGCAGAAUCGGGCUAAGAAGAAAGAGGAAAAAAGGAGAAAAGAAAUAAGCCAUCCUUAU